UAGCGGGACCGCAUUACCGAGCAAGCAAUCUCGUACUUUGCAGAGAGGCAGUCGGCGAUUCGGUCCUGAUUAUCGGUGAGUAGUGCUUUGAAAGAGCAUUUCCACCAGGGACGGAGUCUAGACGAGGCAUUCCCUAGCAAGAUGGCUCUUCUUAGAAGUCUUACGCUUUUAGGAUUAUUUAUUGUUGCAGCCAAUGGACAAGUAGAUCCACUGCCCACAUUAGCCCCUGUGAAAGGACAACCAGGGGCCAAUGGUGCACCAGGAGACCCAGGUAACAGAGGUGCGCCAGGAGAUGCCGGCAAAGAGGGUCCUCCAGGAUUCACAGGACCAGUCGGACAACAAGGAGAACCCGGAGACGCGGGACCUGUUGGUCCACCUGGACCACAAGGUUUACCAGGUGGCGCUGCCGCGGGUGGUAUAAAAGGACCUGAUCCAAAUGAUGCUGCUGGUAGCUUAAUUAAGGGAGAACCUGGUACUCCGGGACCAACUGGUCCACCUGGUCUUCCUGGACGACGYGGUAACGAUGGCUCUCGAGGUCUCCGAGGUCAACCAGGAAACCGAGGAACCCCGGGACCAAGUGGAAGACCCGGUGUGCCUGGACCACCUGGAACUCCAGGAUCCAAUGGUGUUGAUGGUAUCGAUGGUGAAACUGGACUGAAAGGAGAAAGUGGUGAACAAGGACCUCCUGGGUCUGCAGGUAUUCCUGGAAUUCCAGGAGAAGUUGGCUUCAAAGGAGAUCGAGGAAUUUCCGGCGAGAAAGGAAAGAAAGGAGAUCAAGGUACAACRGGAGAGCGCGGCUCGUCUGGAAACACAGGACAACCUGGUUUCGAUGGUGCACCUGGAAGAGCUGGUUCCCAAGGUCCUGACGGCAAGACUGGAACUCGUGGCCCAGAUGGUAUUCGUGGCCCUACUGGCGCACCGGGAAGGCAAGGUCCUGCUGGUCCGCGAGGACCUGCAGGCGCUCCUGGUACUCCUGGAACCCCAGGUUUAAAAGGAAAUCAAGGACCUACAGGAGCCAGAGGUCCACAGGGUGAGGUAGGAGAUGUUGGUCCACAAGGUCCAAAGGGAUCAAAGGGUCAAUCUGGUCGUCCUGGUACAGAUGGAGAACCUGGAAUAAAUGGUGAUAAAGGAAACAUGGGACCCGCUGGAGCAUCAGGAGUUCCUGGUAUUCGAGGAUCCAUAGGUGCACCGGGUGUUCCCGGUAACCCUGGUGCUCCUGGAGUAACUGGUGACAGGGGGCAACCUGGUAAACCGGGACCUUCUGGACAUAAGGGCGAAAAAGGCUCACAAGGAGGGGUUGGACCCUCUGGACCCAUCGGUGUACCUGGACCAAGCGGCAAGAGAGGUAAAAUGGGACAAACUGGACCACCUGGUAAAGUAGGAGAGACUGGACGACGAGGACACCAAGGUCCACGAGGGUUCCCUGGAGCUGACGGAGCACCUGGUCGAAAGGGAUCACAAGGUUCAGUUGGUAGCGCUGGCUACCCCGGUGCAAAGGGUGAUAAGGGAGCAGCUGGAAAGAACGGAGAACCAGGACGUCARGGAGCAAGGGGACCAUCCGGACAAUCUGGUCAACCUGGACAAGAGGGCAAGAUGGGUUCCCCUGGUGAUGAUGGUACUGAUGGCAAGCCCGGUGCACCCGGUGCACAGGGAGCACCAGGUAACCCAGGACCAACCGGUAUCUCUGGAGCCAAAGGAUCAGCCGGCGAACCUGGAAAAGAUGGUGACCAAGGACCGCCAGGCCCAGAGGGACCUAAGGGCGAAACUGGACAAGCUGGCAGCCGUGGACUACCUGGAAUUGCUGGAAAAGAUGGAACACCAGGAGAACGUGGAGAACGUGGAGCAAUCGGUCCACAAGGAGCCCAGGGAGCAGUUGGAGCGCAAGGUCCACCUGGAUCAAUUGGUAAAACUGGAGAGAUUGGACCACGAGGAGAGAGGGGCUCUGACGGAAAGCCUGGUUCGAGGGGACAACCUGGAGCAGUUGGUGAGAUUGGACCCCCUGGUCUAGCGGGAGCAUCAGGAUUACAGGGGGAACGUGGAGCAACUGGAAAUGACGGAACACCGGGAGAGCGCGGACCACAGGGACCCACUGGACCACCUGGAAUCCCCGGACUUCAGGGAGCGCCUGGUGCACCAGGUCGACGUGGACCAAAAGGACCAAAAGGAUCAGGUGAACGAGGUAUUAGUGGUCCUCCCGGUAUCGAUGGCAAAGAUGGAGAACCAGGUCCCGAUGGACAACCAGGAUCCAGUGGACCACAGGGACCAACUGGAGAUAAGGGCGAGAGCGGAGCACCUGGCACUCCUGGAGUUGCUGGAACCAACGGUGACCAGGGACCAAGAGGUUUACCAGGAACUCCUGGACUCCGUGGACAAGACGGACCAGUUGGCAACACAGGACCAAUUGGACCAGUCGGACCCCGAGGACUUCGUGGACCCAAGGGCAACAAAGGUACUUUUGGCGCAGGAGGAAGACCCGGUAUUACGGGCACUUUGGGUCAACGUGGUACCCCUGGAUCUAAAGGKGAAGAUGGUUCACCAGGUCGUCAGGGUUUGCCUGGUUUAUCUGGACGACCUGGACGACCAGGACCUCCUGGACCACCUGGACCCCCCGGUCCGACCGGUAUCCCAGGACGUGAUGGAGUGAACGGUGCUAAGGGCUCAUCUGGUGAGCCAGGAAGACCAGGAAGAGACGGAGAGCCUGGACAGCCAGGAUUACCAGGAAGGGAYGGUGAGCCUGGAUUACCAGGACCAGAUGGACCAACUGGAAAACGCGGAYCACUUGGAAUUAAGGGAAUUAAGGGAGAGAAGGGACCAGCUGGCCCCCCCGGAAUUCUUGGUAAUCGUGGCCAACCUGGACCUCGAGGCGUAAAGGGCGAACAAGGUCCUGCCGGCAAAGAUGGACGUAGUGGAGAGUCCGGCCCUGUUGGUCGUCGCGGACCAAUUGGUCCAGCCGGUGACCCUGGAGUGGAUGCGGAAACGGGUAAAAAUGGCACCAACGGUGUACCAGGAACUCCAGGAAUUCCAGGGUUAGAUGGAGAGCAAGGAGCUCCUGGAGAACCUGGUACCAAUGGUAAACAAGGAGAUGUCGGACCAUCGGGUUCUCAAGGCCCAAUUGGUGAACCAGGACCACAAGGUCCAAAGGGACCUCGCGGACCUGACGGUAAGAAUGGAGCACAAGGCUCACCGGGAUUGCAGGGAGAACGAGGUGUUGAAGGUUCUAAAGGCUCACGAGGUGAAGUAGGAGAGAAGGGAGACAAAGGAUACACUGGUUCGCCCGGAGGACCCGGMGCUCCUGGAGGAGCGGGAGCAAGAGGUCCACCUGGUAUUCCUGGUAGCAGCGGCCCUCCAGGAACACGUGGUGCUCCUGGCAACCGUGGUGUCGAGGGACCCAAGGGACCAAACGGAGUUCCAGGUGAUCCAGGCUCUGUUGGACCUGUUGGAGAUAGGGGUGAUCGCGGAAAUGCGGGAAAUGCCGGUCGUGAUGGAAGCCCAGGACCUCCAGGACCUCCAGGACCACCAGGCUAUCCGGGACAGUCACCAAUUGCAGGGUACCUCAGYGUUGGUGCAGUGGAGAAGGGACCUUCAUAUAGAUUGUACAAACGUGCUGAGAAUAAACCUAAAGUUGRCGAAGAUACAACACAGGGCUUCUUCUCCCAGCUCGAGCAAUUUACUAUAGAUUUUGAACAACUCACUAAACCAACUGGAAAGGACAAAGAAUUCCCUGCCACGACUUGUCGGGAYAUUAAAUUAGACCAUCCAAAAUCUACGAAUGACUAUUAUUGGAUCGAUCCUAACGGGGGUUCAAAGAACGACGCCAUUAAGGUCUUCUGUGACUUCAAAACCAACUCCUCGUGCAUUGAUCCCAAAAAAGCCAAGCCAAUUUCUGUUGAAGUGUCAUCACCAGGUGAAUCAUGGGUGUUCGAGAAAGAGGAAGAAGGAAUCGAAUACAGCGCAACAAGGGGUCAGAUCAACUUCCUACGUGCAUACAGCAAGCAAGCUACCCAAAAUAUUACAUAYCAUUGCCGAAAUUCAAAGGCUAGAGUCAACAAUAAAUCUCUUAAACUUCGUGGUGACAAUGACAUGAACAUGGAAUUUCACUCCAAGAGUUUAGCUAAACUUAGACCUUUAGUAUUUAAGGAUGAAUGCACGAYCAAUGACAAUAAAUGGCACAAAACAGUCCUCAAGAUUGACACCAAGCACAAACACAGGCUGCCCAUCGUAGAUGUGUCUGUAUUUGAUUUAGGCAAAUCCGAUCAGAGAGCGAAGAUAGAAAUCGGAUCCGUUUGCUUUGCGUAAUAAGUGGAGCAAUACGGGACGUUUUUUUAUCAUGCCGCAAACAGUGUUUUUGUACAUUAUCCAAAAUAUGUCCAAUGUAUUAAUGAAGACGAUCAGGAUGCGAGCAGGGUUAGAAGGUAGACUGACUGUAAUCUGUAAACACGUUUUCUUGCGUUAGUUCGUUAUUAAAGUACAUAUUGUAUGUUCGGUCGAUAUGAAUAGUCCUUAAGUGAUUCUUAUUUUGGCUCUGUAUUAAUAAAUACUUGAACUAUCACAACGGACGCUUGUAAAUGGUAAACUCAUAUAUCAAUGUGUGGUUUUCAUUAGUCAAUAGUAGUCAAUAAUAUUUACUCAAAUUGUUAACAAUCACGUGGUUUUCUGCAAAUCCCAGCAGCAUAUUAUUGAUAUUAUUCUUUUCAAUUUAAAUAGAUAGCGUUUGGUAUAUAAAACAAGCUAGACUAAUGAUCCACGGACUACAUUAAAGCGUUUUCCACAAAAUUAUUGAGAUAAUAAAUACUAUUAUAGUAUUA